CAGGAAGUGUAGUGCUGGGAUCUGUAUCUCAGGGGCCGAGGGGCCGGGGCGAUGCCGUGUGGUCUGCACCUAUAGGAGACAAUCUCCUCUGAGGUGUGUGAUGUCACUCUCAAUACGAGGUGGUCGUUGUGAUGUCAUCGCUGGAACAUGUACAGAUCCUCCUGGGCUCCCGAUCGUACAGGGUCCCCCGGGACCAGCUGGUGGCCCAGAGCGGCUUCUUCCAGGCCCUCUUCCGAUCUGGGAUGCGUGAGAGCAGCGGAGAAGCGGUGACCCUGCACGGGCUCAGCCAGGAGGGAUUAGAGGGGGUCAUCCGCCAUAUCACGGGCAGCCCCCUCCAAGACUGUAUCCCACCCGAAGACGCCGAAUGCGGACGUAAGACGUUGACCCCAUGUCCUGAAGACUCUGGAUACGGCCAUGACGUCGAGGUGCUGCCGCCUCUGCAGGCAUUGGUGGAGGCCGCCUGCUAUCUACAGGUCCAUGGCCUCCUGUCCCUCCUGCAGUCCUCCCUGUCACUGGACACCUGUUUAGACCUCCGGAACGUUUCUCAGUUACACGGUCAGUGGGAUUUAGCGGCCGCGUCCCUCCGGUAUAUGGCGACUCACUACCACGCCAUGCUGCAGCGGUCAGACUUCCAGGACAGCCCCGAGUCUCUGAAGGAGCGGGUCCUAGAGGAGAGACUACGGGGGGCGCCCACCCUCAUGGUGCUGUCCCAGCAAGGCCGCGACUCUUGGGUGCUCUUCCGAUAUUCGGAUGAAGGUGGCGGAUGGCAGGUGAUGCCCGGGACCGUCCCCCCCAGUAUGCUGAGGGUGCAGGGCUACGGGGCCACAGUCCUAAACAAUUACCUCUUUGUGGCUGGAGGGACCCGUGAGAAUGGGCAGGAGGUCAGCGCCGUACAUUCCUAUAACCCGAGCACCGGAUGCUGGAGCGAGGAGCCCGCUAUGAACCAAAAGAGGUAUAACUUCCGCUUGCUGACAGUGAACGGCGCCCUGUACGCGGUCGGCGGCCAUUCCUUACAGACCAUGGAGUCCUUCAGCCCUGCGCAGAACACGUGGACGCUCGUGGCCCCGCUCCCUGACACCCUUGUUGAGUUCUCGGCCUGUGAAUGUCUGGGGAGGAUCUAUCUGAUCGGAGGAUACACCCCGCGGGGUCGGAACAUGAGUGUGCUCCGUUACUGUCCGUCCCUAGACGAGUGGUCGGUGUUUGACCUCUGCCGGCAGCACGUGAGGAAGCAGCAGAUGGUUUCCAUAGAAGACACCUUGUUCUUGGUCGGGGGCUUCAGACGGGACCCUCAGUCUGGACAGAGCGAGGACUUCCUCAGGGUGCACUCCUACAGCACCAGCACCAGAGAAUGGAGCUGUCUGAAAGUCAACACUUCAAAAUCGGGGCUGAGCGUCAGCUGCACCCUACACAACGACGGGAUCUACAUCCUCAGCCGGGACAUGAACCCCUACACUGUGGGGAAACACCGCAUAUUCCUCAAGUACUGUGUGUUCACCGGGGUGUGCGAGUACGUACGAGGUCCCCCUAUCGAGGGCAACAACAUGCAGCUGUUCUCCAUGUACUUGUCCUACCCUCUUUAACAACUAAGGGGUUAAUCUACCACAGGGAGCCCAAAAUCUGCGCAGACAUGUAGGUUCUGGAUAGUCCUACUGUAGACUACAACCAUUGAGACUGUCUUAAAGGGAUUGUCCACAUUGGACACCCAUAUUCCAUAUGACUUAAAGGGGUACUCCGGUGGAAUACAAUUAAUUUUAAAUCAGCUGGUGGCAGAAAGUGAAACAGAUUUGUAAAUUACUUCUAUAAAAAA